UGACAGCCGCAGCAGUGCGUGCGUGAAUGUGGGGGAAGAUGAGGAGGAAGAUGUUUCUUCCGCCCUUCCUGUCUCGCAUCCUCAAUUGUGUCCGUGUUAAGCACGUAAUAGCUGUGAUUGGGAUUCUCCUCCUCUUGAAUUUCUUCGGCGCCUUCACGCAUCUCUUUGAAAGUGAUUUCUACACAGAAUUCCAUUAUCCCCUGGAGGAGGAUAUUCCACGGCUGGCUGAGCAAGUGAGACGCGGUCAGAAGCCCGAUGUGGCUCCCAUUACCAUUUACAAUCACACCCUACUCCACAAUCCGAGUCACAAGUGCAGAGACAAGGAGUUUCCCGUUGCGCCGCGCCUAGUUUUUCUCGUGAAAAGCGCCCUGCGGAAUUUUAAGCGUCGCAAUGCUAUUCGUGUCACAUGGGGCUUUGAACGACGCUUCUCAGACGUCACAGUGCGUACGGUAUUCCUUUUGGGUGUCCCAGGGAGCCCUGAAGAUGUGGAGACGCAGAAACUCAUUGACAUCGAAGCCACGAGCUAUCGUGAUGUGAUCCAAGCUGACUUUGUGGAUACCUACUUCAAUAAUACCAUCAAAACAAUGACUGGCCUGCGGUGGGCUGUGGAUUUCUGCCCCCGAGCACGAUUCUACAUGCUAGUCGAUGAUGAUUUCUACAUCAGCACCAAGAAUGUUCUACGAUUCGUCCGAAAUCCCGUCCACUAUCCCGAAUACUUGGAGGAAGCUGAUGAGACAAUACGACAAUUGGCCAGGAAGUUAACCCUCACAGCUGUGGGGAAUAUAUCCGAGACGGUGGAUAGGAAGGAGAUACAGGAUGUUCUCGAACGGCAUCCAGUUGCCCAUUCUGUGGACAGUAGAAAAAAUCUCUGGCAAUUGAGGCAACAUUUGGUAGCACCGGAAGCAGCAAAAGCCCAAAUCGGCCCCAAGAGUGCCGCAGCAAAACCUCAGGAUCGGCAACUUCUCGAUAUGGACCUUCCGGCAGAUGUUCGUCUCUAUGCUGGAUUUGUCUUCACAUCCUCCCCACAUCGUCAUCGAACUAGCAAAUGGUAUGUGGAUCUAGAUGAGUACCGUUGGCAUAUGUGGCCACCAUAUGUAUCAGCUGGAGCGUGCAUCUUCUCCCGGGAAGCUCUUCUUCAGCUCUACUUUGCCAGCAUGUUUACGAAGCACUUCAGAUUCGACGAUAUAUACAUGGGGAUAGUAGCAAUGAAAGCCAACAUUGAACCCCUCCAUUCGGAGGAGUUCUACUUCCAGAAACUUACAUACAGUGGACCACAUAGCUACAGGUACACCAUUGCAUCCCAUGGCUAUGACAAUCCCGAUGAAUUAGCCAAGGUUUGGGCAGAAAUUAAGGCAGCUGGACAUGCAUAAGAUACGAUGAAUCUCAUUGAAGGAAUCUCAUUUACUUCUUGCUUAACUCAUAAACAAACAAUAAUAA